UUCGUCCUGGCCCGCGAACACGAUCCAUCCAACAGUCGAGUGGCACAAUUGUUGGCCGAGCAAGAGGAAGAAGAGCGGAGGCUUCAAGCAAUGUUGAAAAAUGACGAGAAUACAUAUUGGGACGAUGAAGAAGGGGAACGGUGUCCUCCGAUAUCCCGAGAUGAUUCGGCAGAGACGUUCCAUCGACUGAUGGCGGAUGCAGCUGAGACUGCCGCUCGUGCCAUGGCUGAAUCAGCAAGUGAGGAGGACGAGGAAGGGGAUGAAGCUGACGAGGAUGAAGUUGUCAUUGACGAUGAUUCGCUGUUCGACCCAUGCCUUGUAUUGGGCAAUGACCCGGCUGUCGAUCCAUUAUCCAUUAAUUCAUCGAAUGAAAAAGUGAUGGGCACGGCCACGGCAGCCUCGACUAAACGGCGCCAAGAUGCGAUAGCGCAACUCAUUCAGUCUGCUGCGAAUCGAUCGAAAUCCACCGGUGGUUCGACUAAUCCAUCCGAGGAAAAUUCUUUAACCACUCCGACUCAGGUGACCAGCACAUCUAACACGAAUUCAGAACCGUCCUCGUCCGCGUCCUGUUCCGCCGCAACCCCGGCUUUGGCAGAUGGCAUCACUUGGUUACUUGCCAGUGAUUUGUACGAUUGUCAUACACAAUUGUCGAAGCUCCAGUCGCAAAUGCGUGUUUUGGAACAGCGGUUGACUGCCCAAGAAGCAGCCGCAGACGAAGCGAUUGAACGCCUGUGCUUGCAAUGUCGUCAUGUGGAAUUUGAAUUAAAUGAAGCUCGUCAGCGGUUGCAAACCUAUUUGCAAGUGCAACAGAAUGGAGCCGAGGCCCGAGAUGAUGGUGAUUACACCCAAGUUGGUAAUCUCCAGUCUCCAGAUGCUCUACACUCUCUGCUAUCCAACGUGAAUAAUAAUAUCGCUGCAGAAUCAAGGCGGUUUCCUCAGCCGGUUCUCCAAAAACGUCUGGUAAGUAGUGGUCAUCAAAUCUCGAGUUUUGCAUUCAAUGUUUUGGGCUUUGGUAAAAUUGAGGACUAUUGUUAA